UCUACAGGAAGUUCAAUUUCUAGAAAUUAUUUCAUUACAAUGUUAUUCUUUUAUCAUGAGACAAAUGGGUAAUGAUAUUAAUUGUAAUAUUGUAAUGUGCAUCAAUAAGAGCAAGAGGACUGUUAAAUGUGUUGAUAUUUACAUUGAAAUUAGGCUUCAACAGAACAGUACUGAAGUUGGAAUAGGAGCAACUUUAUGAUUUGAUGUUUCUGAAUAUCUUAGACAUUAUGAUUGCACUUCUGGGGAUCAUUUAUCUACUUUGUAAUAUCUAGACCUUAGGUACCUUCCUUAGUUUUGGAUCAGGACAGUCCUGUAAUUAAUGUGGUAAUGUAAACAUGCUAUUUACUCAGAAAGCCUUGUAAUGUCUGAUGGUGUCUAGGUUUGACUUGGGGCUUCAGAUUUCCAACAGCUUCAACAACUCAACAUCUCCUGUUGUCUCCGAUGAGAAUCCACCCUUUUCUUGAAUCAUCACAGUCUCAGAAGAAAUAGUGUUGGUGUUAGCUAUAUCAAAAAAUGGUGUGUGUAAUAAGAAAUGAAUUAUGUAAGAAAUACUGCAAAAGUGUUGUGUCUAUUGAGUUAUCAGUGCUGCAUUACCUAAUUAAAAUACAGACAAUAGGUUUAAUGUAGAAAGAAUAUAAAAUGGAAUUUCAAGAAUAUUUUGAAAUUUGAGUUACCAAACAUUUUAGAGUUUUAGAAAAACAAACUCAUCCAUCAAUACUAUUUACCUCCUCAAUUUAAAAAAUAAGACUGAGAAGCAAAGUACCAUAGUAUUUCACUUGUGCCUAGCACUAAAAGAAAGCUAAGAAUAGCCAAUAGGAAUGGAAACUCGGGCUAGAAAUGAGUGAUUGAUACGUGCCAUUUCAGCAUGCCUCUUGGUCUUCAGGAUCAACACCAUGGGUGUGAGUUUGUUACAAUUACAGAAUGCGUCAACACAUUAUUGCAAAAUAGGGAAACAUGGAGAAAGAUUUUAAAAGGGGGAAUUUGGGAAGGAAAUAUACGAAGUAAUUGAAGCAUGGAAGAGGGAGGGAGAGAGAAUAUCCAGAAAGAAAAGGUAAGAUGAGAGAAUUAAAGACAUAGAUAGAUAGAUAGAUAGAUAGAUAGAUAGAUAGAUAGAUGAUAGAUAGGGUAAUUGAUAGAUAGAUAUUAAAUAAAUAGGUGAUAAAUAGAUGGAUCGAUGAAAGUGCCAGACAUGUUCUGAAUGAAUUUUCAGUCAUUCUGUGGGAAUGCAGACUACAAUAGGAAUGGUAGAAACCAGUGUGGUUGCUCCUCAAAGAAUUGUUCAUAUGACCUAUCCUGCUCUGUAGACAGCAUGGACAAAUGACAAUGUUUAUUAAGAAAACUUUAAGUGCACAAAUAUUCUAGAGACUAUGCAUAUUAUCUUAAAUUUGUGACAAAUUAACAUCAGUUGAAGAAUAUAUAAAUGAAACAUAUAUUCAUACAGUGAAAUAUUUUACAUAUAAAAAGAGGUGUUGAUACAUGCCAUAGUGAUAAUGAUUUUAAAUUUAUUAAAUCCAGUGGAAAAUCAAUACAUAUACUGAAGUACAUCAUUUUAAUUUUAUGUAGGUAGCACUAUAAUGUUUUACUGAGAUAUACAUGAGAUAAUAGCUUUUAUCUCAAAGUGAGUAUUUCAGUGCUUCUUGACAUAUUUGAAAUGUUAUAUAUACCUUCAUUGAUGAUAUCUGGUUACACAUUUCCAUUAAUUCUAAACAUGCCUCAUAUUUAUGCUCCACGAUUCUCCUUUGUCCAUUUUGAUGAUCUGUAUCUUACCUUAUGGAUUUUUGUGUUCUCAAAAACAUGCUUAGAGAAAAUUCCUCUUGAAGUCUUGUUAUGAUCAGUGGAAAAUAAGAAGAAGAUAUUUGUAAUGAAAAUGCAGGUGCAUAUGCACUGUCAUUGGGUUACUCCAGGAGAAGUUAAUCCCCAUUUGUGAGGAUCAGGCAGCCAUGGAAAUCAAAGCAUUGAUGGUAAUUAUGCCUGCUGUGUUGUUUUGUUUUGGUGUGGGGAGGAUGUAAGAUAGAUAACACUGAGAUGUCCUCUCUAUCCUGAGCAAUUUACACAUGCUCCUUCUGUCAUUCCACAACAAAUCCCCAACAGUGGUUCACAAACUUCAAUGGGUAUCAGAAUAGUCCUAGGGUCUAGAGCACACUUCAAUGAUUGUCAGAAUAUACACAAGACCUAAAGUUCAACCAGACAAAAUCCUAGCAUGAAGGAAAGGAACUGUGCAAAAAGUCCCACCACUAGUCAGGAAGUUAUUCACAGGUGAUAGCUGCUUGGAGAGUGAAAAUCAGAUUUCUCCAAUGGCGUGAUACUGGGUACAUCACAUAUAGUCUAAGACAGGCCACAUGCUCAGGAAUAACUGGCCAAUAUAAAUCAGACUCUAUGUUUUUAGUGACUAUUUUUUUCUCUUUUUGAAAGAGGAAAGAACAUGAAGUUACAUUGGCAUAUAGAGAAAAGGGAUCUGGAAGGAGCUGGGCAGUGGGAAAUAAUGUGACAAAAUUAUACUGUCUGAUACUCACAGUGAAUAAAUUAAUAGGAAGUCUGAAGAAUGAGACAAGGAGGAGAUAAAUAGCAUAGAGAACUGUGAGUAAAACAGUAAGAGCUAAUACCUUUUAUUUCUGCUUUUCAAUUCCUCUAAAAAAUAUUACAUGAAUCUAAAAUUUAUUCUCCACUAUAUCUCCUAUAGUUAGCAAUUUCUUAGGUAGUGUACAGUUCAGAAUAGAUAGGUAUCAUAUAUUUUUUCCAUGAUCUGAGGAAGCUACCAAAUGCAAUAAUCAAUGGAUAAAUCAAAUAUGGUUUCUCUUGCCAUGAGAUAUGAUAGAACUUGAGAAUAUGAGGAAAAUGUGACAAUCAUUGUUGUGGGGUAGCCUCUUAAUGGUCCCACUUUUUAAUACUGGUGCGAUGGAAAAUACCUUUCAUUGGGACUCUUACGAGGAAAAACACUCAACCAAAAUAUAGUAGCCAAAUAUCUACAGUGACAAAAAGAAAUGGUGGGUGCUAAGGUAGAGGAGGGAGAGAAGCGAAUUAUUGUUCAGUGUCCAGAGCUACUUCAAAAAGAAAAUCCUUCUGAAUAUCUCUUUGUGGUGCUUGCAGAAACAAUCAGUGUGCCCUAAGUCCAGCAGGAUGUGUCCUGAAAAUGGUAAAUAUAGAAACUUCCAGUUGUGUGUUACCUCAAUGAAGAGUGACAGGCAAGAUGGUGUUUCUAGAUGGCAGCUCAAUUCAAUAGCCAGGAGAAAAACCAGAAAGUUUCAUGAGACCCCUCACAGCACAUUCAUUCUUAUUUCCUUUUAUGGUUCAGCCUUGAACAUCACUUUCCUCUUUGGGGGUCACUGUCUCCUAAAGAUUCUUGUGAGAUACAACUGUGUUACACACUGACAGGGAAACAGAGCAUCCCAGGGUCUGUGUUCUUAAAGGAUCUAACCAUAGCUGUGGACAAUACACAAAAUAGAAUGCACUAACUAACCACACAGCAAGGAUGGUAACCAAAACUUCCCAUUCUGAACUGUGAGGGUACAAUACCAUACAGCUCUUCCAGGAAACACAAUCAGCAGGCAAAAUGUCAGAUAUAAUGUGAUCUAAGGCCUACAGGAUGGCUAUCUAACUUCCUUUGACAAGGUCAUCAAAUUCAGAUACUUGCUGUCAACUGAAGCAGCCCAGGCGCAACCUUCCAGCAUCAGGCUGAAAUCAUAUCUCAGAAAGAGCCUGAAGUCUCAGUGCCUGGAGGCCUAAUCCAGUCACCAACACAGCCAAUCAAAUGGAGGGCUUGAUUGAGGGGCGGGGACAGCUGUCUAUAUACUUGGGAUUUGAAGCCUGAGUGAGGUGUGACUGGAUCAGAUCCUGGGUCUUCAGCAACCUCAGAAGAAUUGAGUCUGUGUGGACUAAAGCAGCAUAAGUCACCACAGGUGAGGCUCUGUCUGUGCCAAGGCAGAAUGGGAAGUGAUCCUGGAGGGGAGCCUUAAGAGACUCCAUGGAGAAUCAGGCAGAUCCCCCUGAAGGAGAAUACAUUCUGAGGCUCAGCAACCCUUCUGUGUGUAGAUGGAGGGUAGAGUGUGAGAAAGGCAUAGAAGAAUCCAGAUCUCUCAUCUGCCAGGUCUAGUUUUGUAUAGGUUCCCUGUAAGUACAAGUCUGGGUCUGGCCACAGAGAGUGACAGAAGUUACUAUGCAUACCAGUAAGUAACCAUCAUUGUCACCUCCUGGGUAAUAGAAAUUGCUUUUUGCACAUAAUUCCUGGGUAAAUCUGUUUUCAGUUGACCUGUGCAGAUGUAGCAGACGGAUGCAUGUUCCUAUCCAGGUCUUAUGGUGAGUGUUGUUUUAGAGCCCAGCAAAACCUGAACCUCAAAUUCCGUCAGAGGCUUGCUUUCAUGCCUCACUUCCACUUGUUGGCCUGGCUACCUCUGGUUUUCCCAUGUGACACCACUCUCAUGGGGUAGUGUGUGGAGAGCUUGGUUCCAUGGUCCCAAAUGUAAGAAAGAAGAAAUAAUGCCUGUAAUUUUUCCCACAUUAGAUGAUGAUGAUGAUGAUGAUGAUGAUGAUGAUGAUGAUGAUGAUGUUUUUCAAGACAGGGUUUCACUGUGUAGUCCUUGCUGUCCUGGGACUUGCUCUGUAGACCAGGCUGGCUUUGAACUCACAGAGAUCUGCCUGCCUCUGACCCCUGAGUGCUGGGAUUAAAGGCAUGCACCACCACUGCCUGGACUUUCCCACACUCUUUAUAGAAGACGUUUCUCAAAGUUUUCAUUCAAGAAUGGAGGGUGCAAGACAAGCCCAUUAUUCACUAUGUAUUAGAAAGGUAUAUGAUGCCAUGUGGUCCCAACUCUUGGGCUCACAUUGAAAUUUGGAUCCGUUACCACAUAACAGAAGUUUUGCUUGGUAUAAAUCAUGAGUCAGUGAUAUCUUAAGUCCAUGGAUAUAUUUUGUUUGUUUGUUUGUUGUUGUUUUGAGUUUUUUUAUUUGUCUGUCUGUCUGUUUGUUUGUUUUGCUUCUGGUCCUCAGUGUGUGUGGAGAUCUUUCUUAAAUAACAUGAAGUACACUUGAAGUUUUCCCUGCUAGAAUUCUGGGCAUGUGUUCUUCAUUUUGCAUUGGAACUAAUAAUUAUCAGUGGUUGGUUUAUUUCAAACAUAUCCUAAGCCUUUCCCACAAUCUUUCAAAAAGUAUUUGGAAGACUAUUUCAAAGAAUAUUAUUGACCAGAGAUGGAUCAAUUUGUUAGGAAGGAAUAAGUAGACAUUUUAAAAAUAUUGGUGUGGUCACAUCUUCAUUACUCUUUCCUCUCCAGGUCCUUGAGACAUGAUGCCUGCUGUCUUCCUGGUCAUCCUGUGCUUUGGAGUAGCCUCAGGUGCUCCAGCACUUGAUCCCAGUUUGGAUGCUGAAUGGCAAGAGUGGAAGAUAAAAUAUGGAAAAUCAUACAUCCUGGUUGAAGAAUCACAGAAGAGAGCAGUAUGGGAAAAAAAUAUGAAGAUGAUCAAAAUGCACAAUGAUGAGAGUGGCCUGGGGAAGCAUGGCUUCACCAUGGAAAUGAAUGCCUUUGGUGACAUGACUGCUAAGGAAUACAGAAAACUGAUGACUGAUAUUCCAGUUCCAGCUGCCAUGACAGUGAAAAGUGUUCAGAAAUCUCUAGGUAGUGAAUUCCCCAGUUUUGUGGAUUGGAGAAAGAAAGGCUAUGUGACUCCUGUACGGAAUCAGGGUAACUGUGGUUCUUGCUGGGCUUUUGCUGCAACUGGUGCCAUAGAAGGACAGAUGUUCUGGAAAACUGGCAACCUGACCCUUCUAAGUGUGCAAAACCUAGUAGACUGUUCUAAACCUCAAGGCAAUAAUGGCUGUAGUAAGGGUACUGCAUACAAUGCCUACAAGUAUGUUUUGGACAAUAAAGGUCUGGAGGCUGAGGCAACCUAUCCAUAUGAGGCAAAAGAGGGACCUUGCAGGUACCAUCCUGAGAACUCCAGUGCUUAUAUCACAGAUGUUGUGUACCUCCCAGCGAAUGAGGUUUACCUACUGAUUGCUGUAGCAAAUAUAGGGCCUAUCUCUGCUGCAGUUGAUGCUUCUCAUGAUUCUUUCAGGUUCUACAAAGGAGGUAUUUAUCAUGAGCCAAAAUGCAGCAGUUAUUCUGUGAAUCAUGCAGUUCUGGUGGUUGGCUAUGGAACUGAGGGAAAUGAAACAGAUGGUGAAAGCUACUGGAUGAUCAAGAACAGCUGGGGUGAAGACUGGGGCAUAGAUGGCUAUAUGAAGAUUGCCAAAGACCGCAACAACCACUGUGCAAUUGCUUCAUACGCUGCCUACCCCGACAUAUUCUGAGCUGCCUGGUGGCCACAGGGAAGAUUGGCAGAGAAAGUAUCCAGUGGA